AUGGAACCACUGUCAGCCAGUUUGUUGGACGACUCCUCUGUGUCCACAAAAGUCCCCAAGGUGCACCUCAGCAUGCUGCAGAUGCUGCUGUUGAAUGCGGUCGUGUGUGGGGUGGAGAUUGUGGCCUGCGCUGGAUUCACAUACAUCCCUCCAAUGCUUCUCAAGGCAGGCUAUUCGGAGGAGAACAUGGGGUUUCUCCUAGGAAUGGGCCCACUUAUGGGGUUCCUGUUUGUACCUGUCAUUGGCAGAGCCAGCGAUAGAUGCUACAGUCAGUUUGGUCGCAGGAGGCCGUUCAUUCUAGGGUUAGCAAGUCUUCUAGUGUGUGCUCUAUACCUGAUCCCCUUUGGGGAGUAUUUUAUUACAUUGAUAAUCGGCGUGAGGCCCUUAAGUAAAACACUUGGAACCAUAGCCUUGGCUGUUGGAGUUGUCCUGCUAGAUUUCACAACACAAGCAAGUUUGACUCCGUGUGAAGCUCUUUUGAAUGACGCAUCAAAAAACUCGGAUCAAAAUGAGAAAAUAUUCACAGUCUACUCUCUGAUGAUAAGCUCAGGAGGCAUUAUUGGAUACCUCCUCACGGCCAUUGACUGGACAUCCAAUCCUUUGGGAACUUACUUUGGUGGGCAGGAGGCGUCAAUCUUUUCCAUUCUCAUCAUUGUCUUUACCUUGAUGUUGGCUUCAACGUUGAUGGUAGCCAAAGAAGUACCACUGUCUAACUCAGUUGUGCCCGUUGAUAUUGCUACAGUCAGUUUGUCAUCAUCAUCAUCAUCACCUUCCAGUUUAACAAUGGCUUCUGCCACAAAACCACAAAUUACCCAUGAAAGUGGCUAUGAGUCCAGCAGUAAUUCCUCCGAUGAUGGUAUGGAAAUGGGUAAAAUUAGGACUAGAAACUCCAAACGACGUACAAAAGGAUUCUGGGGAGCGCUGGCGUGCAUCCGAAGUGUCUUUCUGAAAGUGGUCUUAUAUCUGCCCACCCAGGGCAGAUGCAUGACCAACUUUAUAGGCUGUGUGUGCUGGUUUGGGCGACAGUUGGUGCCUUCCCAGCUGAUACAGCUCUUUAAGAUUCCAAAGGUGCUCAAACUUCUGGCCUUUGCUGAUGUCUGCUCUUGGACCGCCAUCAUGGGCUUCAACAUUUACUACACAGAUUACGUUGGGCAGAUUGUGUAUGGAGGAAACCCAAAUGCCCCAGAGAACAGCAUAGAAGGCAAAGCUUACGACGACGGCGUUCGUGUGGCCAGUUGGGGUCUUCUUCUACACUGCAUCUGCUCAGCAAUUUGUUCAUUUUUUAUUGAACGCUUUUGCGCUUCCUAUGGGUACAAAACAACCUUUACCCUAGGAAUGGUAACUUUUGUGUUCGCAAUGAUGGGGAUGGUAUUGAUACGGCAUAUCUACUUUGUCAACCUCAUGGCGGCUGCCACUGGGUUCGCCUACUCAACCAUCACGACCAUUCCAUUCAUGCUGGUGUCAAAAUAUCAUGCAAAUAAAAAGGUCUAUUUUGCAGAUUUGCCACCAGCCCUGUUGUCCGACUCGGAACGAGGUAUCGGCUCGGACAUCGCCAUACUCGACUGGUCAUAUUUCCUAUCACAGGUGGCGCUGACUACUGCAAUGGGUACCAUAGUGCACAUCACUGGAACGCUCAUCUCCUACAUGGUCACAGCUGGGUCCAUGGGUAUCUUAGCCAUCUACUACAUCAACAGAAUCAUUGAGAACGAAGGACAGGCUCGAAGGUGUCUAUUAGAAGGACCAUAG